AUGGCUCGUGGGGAUCUGGUUGGUCGAUGGCGUAUAGUUGGCGCCGUGAGAAACAAGGGCAGGAGCUACAGGGAUGUGGUCUCCAGCGAUUUCCAUCGUCAGUUUCCCGACUUGUUCCAGGCCAGCUGCGUGGAUUUGAAAUCAAAGCUUAACUCCGCUUACUGGUUCUUAUACGUCAGUGCCCAGUCAGAGGAGCCUCCCUGCCAGGAAUGGUUGCGACGUCGCGAACUUGAUCAUGUCGUGGAAGAGUUUCCUCGUGAGACCAAUUUGCCAGGAGAGCGAUUUCGCUUUUAUCGCUUGGCAGACUCGAUGCGCAAGGUGACACCCGGGCCGACAUGGAAGCAGGCUUUCCACGGCACUUGGAUGUACGGAGUUUGGUCAACGCUGGCGGCUGGGCAGCUACUGGCGUCCGAGGACGAAGGCAAGGGACAUGAGUUUUGGGCGGCGGGCAUCUACUGCACUCCCCUGUUGGAAACCGCGUUCAGUUACGCUCGUCCUCAAGCCAUGUUUGCAGAUGGGUCGUACUGUCGAGCUAUCUUCGAGCUCAUGGUAGAUUUCGACCACCUGACCGCAAAGCGCAAUAAGGGAGGUGUUCAGUGGGUGAGCAAGCCUGAAGGCGUGGCUGUCCUUGGUGUCUGGCUUCUGGUAAACGCACCGCCAAGCAAAGGAGAUGAGUUCAUGGAGGCCUGGGACCCGCUUCUUGAAGUUCGUCCUGAAAACAAGACUGCAGUUGCUGCCGUGGUAAACGAACGUCAAAUGGAUUGGGAAACAGGUGACUCAGCAUGGGAUACCGAAAUCACGACUGAUCGGGCCAUGGAUGUGGAGACGGAAAUUGCAAAGACGCAGAAGGGCCCAAGAUCCCUUUACGCAGAGUUCAUGCCUCGCAUAUUCCUGAACCCGCUCCGUUUACUCAGGGCCACUGGAUCGAUGGAGAAGAGGAGCAAAUUUGUCCGUCUUGAUGGGUACGAGCUCAACAGACCUGUGCUUCGUCGCCGGGAAGAUUUGGGAAAUGCCGUUUACAGUCAGUGGCUGAAGCAUGUUUUGACCGAAGAUCAAUGGAACCGCAUGUUUGAAGGAGCAACGAGCAUCAACGAAGAAAGGGCAGGUGAUGCCGUGGAGGUUUGCCUCGAUCGCAAUGCUUUUCUUUGCCACGUUAGCUCAGGGGGUGGCAUGACUGCGGAGCUCUCCGAGGAGGUCAGAAACAUGGCGAAGUCGCUGGCGUCGGUCAUGGGUUCCCCAGCCAUCGUCAUCAUAUGA